UCCGUGUUUGUCGCUCGUUGAUGAAGUCACCAAAUCCAAAAUGGCGCUGCUCUGUUGAGAGCCACGCUGCCAUUCGAUUUGUUUACAAUCGCUUUCUUGGUGAAUUGCGUUUACUGCAUUUUCGUGUGUUGUCUGAUAUGUACAUAUAUAUAAGUAAUGAAUGAGAAACAAGCAGUGACUGUGAGAGUUUAACGAAGCUUAGCUGAUGUCUGCUUUUGGGUUGUGUUUCAAUUUGAGUCCCUUAAUUAAAAUGACACCAAGGCUGGCCAGAGUGUGUGUCACAUGUUUAAGUCAUAAAGUCAAACCGAAUGAUCUCAGAAUCAGUUCUUUAGCUAGGACAAAGUGUUUUGGGACAGGUCCGAAAGGUCCAGAUGGAGAUGGAGAUGGUUCUGAGGCACAUGUUCCAUCUGGUCCGACACUUCCUCCGUACUCAUGGGGUGCUUCUCGAUUUGGGAGGCGACCCUUGUCACCUUUAGAAAGGGUGAGUCAAAUGUUACCCCAGGAAUCAUUGAGCGACGAGGUCUGGGAGCUCAGACAGAAAAGAACAAGUGAAGAACACGAAGAUACAGAAACGCAGACUCCAGAGAAGCUCAAGGAAGAUCUAGAUGUGCAUGUACUACCUGGAGAUGAUGACAGUGUCUUGGAAGGAAUGACACAUGCUCAUGUUCUGCCUGAGGAGCGCGCGAUGUGCUUUGGAGAAGUCGUGCUCGCCGAGUACCGCCGGAGACGAAGGCUGGAGUUACAAAAAAUGUUCCAGCUGGAGAAAGGAUGUAAGCUGGGGAGCAGCUGGGGUUCUGUAGACCACGAUGUCAUCCAGGGUUGCCAUGCAGGCACAGUGUUCCGCACCACCCUGGGGAUCCCUAUGCUCAUCCGCAGACCCAGUCUCGAAGAGUUCACACUGUUUAUGAAAAGAGGGCCUGCCAUUGCUUAUCCAAAAGAUGCCAGCACCAUGCUGAUGAUGAUGGACGUGAGCGAGGGAGACUGUGUGCUGGAGUCAGGAUCUGGAUCCGGGGCCAUGAGUCUCUUCCUGUCCCGAGCAGUGGGCUCUAGUGGAAGCGUGCUGAGCGUUGAAGUCAGACCCGACCACCACAGACGGUCCGUGUUGAAUUACGAGCGCUGGCGUUCAUCCUGGAAGCUGCGCAGUGGGAAGGCGUGGCCUGAAAACGUCCACUUUCACCUCGGAGAUCUUAUAAACUCCGCCCCCUUGCUUGCUGGGCGGAGCUUCAGCUCAGUGGCUCUGGAUAUGAUUAACCCUCAUCUGGCUUUACACACAGUCGUCCCUCAUCUCCAUACAGGAGGCGUGUGUGCCGUCUAUCAAGCCAACAUUACGCAGAUCAUCGACUUAAUGGAAGGACUGCGCUGCUCCACGCUGCCUCUGGUGUGCGAACGCAUCAUCGAGGUGCAGCACAGAGACUGGCUGCUUGCGCCGUCGCUCAAAAAAGAUGGCUCCUUCCACCAGCGAAGAAAAUCUCCGGGUGAAGAAGCCACAGAGAGCGAGAAUGAGGACGGAGGGAAAGAAGGACAGGCGAGUGCAGCGCACUUUCCGUUUGGAAGCGUCCCGUACGUCGCUCGUCCGCAUCCUGAACAGAACGGACACACCGGGUUCCUUGUGAAAAUGAGGAAAAUAUCCAGGUAGCUUGUGUAGAACUGCGACACCCAUCGAUACCCUGACACAAGCUGUCUCAGGUCGAGUGCGAGUGAAAGAGGAGACUGGGAGAGACCCGAGGCUUUAGCACACAGAGCGCAGAGCUCAGGAGAGGCAGCAGGACCUCGUGGGAGCUGUAAUUCCUCCCUGUCCCGGUAUUGACGCUGAGCGCCG